UUUAUCUCUCUCAUUUCUCCGUUCUGCCUCUCCUAACCUUUCAGGUCAGAUUGCAGGAGGUCGCUGGAGAGACACCGUCACGUGACCCCCGGUGCCAAAUGGUCUUCCGGCAGCAGCUCUCAGCAAGGACCGGAGCACACGAAGACGCCGCCACCUCUCUCAGAAAUGCAGAAGACAACCUACUACGACAACUCCUCUGCGCUCUUCGGUGGCUACUCGUCCUACCAGGUGCAGGGGGCGGCGGUGGCGGCGGCAGCGGCGGCUGCCAACGGCUUCGGGGGCUACGAUGCACCGGUCCCAGUGUCCCACCACCAGCCGGCCUUCCAGUCAGCGGCCCACCUGGACGUGGAUUCGUACCAGCGCUCGGCCUGCUCGCUACAGUCACUGGGCAGUAACGGCGGCCACCAGCAGCAGCAGCUAGCCAAGACCAAGGAGCUGAACGGCAGCUGCAUGCGGCCCAGCCUGCCCUCCGAGCACCACCCGGGCUCCCAGGUGUCCCCUCCACUGCCCCCCAACCCCAGCAACGGCAAUAACGGGGCCCAGCAGCCAGGCGGCGCCGCUGGGGCCUCCUCCAUCUCCAAAUCGGGCCCCAAUAAGUCGUCCAACUCUUCCUCCUCCAUAUCGUCCUCCACGUCGUCCUCCUCCUCCUCGCUGCCCCCCAACCCCUCUGUGGCCAAGCAGAUCUUCCCCUGGAUGAAAGAGUGUCGACAGGCGACCAAGCAGAAAAACUGUUCGCCCAGCAACAACUCUGGCAAUGCAUCAGGAGGAGCUGAGAGCGGCAGCAGCGGGGAGAAGAGUCCCACCGGCGGCUCGUCGGCGUCGUCCAAGCGGGCUCGCACGGCGUACACCAGCGCCCAGCUGGUCGAGCUGGAGAAGGAGUUCCACUUCAAUAGGUACCUGUGCCGGCCACGCCGCGUGGAGAUGGCCAACCUGCUCAACCUGUCCGAGCGCCAGAUCAAGAUCUGGUUCCAGAACCGGCGCAUGAAGUACAAGAAGGACCAGAAGUCCAAGGGCCUGAGCUCCAGUUCCGGGGGGCCCUCGCCAACCGGCUCCCCGCCCCUGACCAUGCAGUCCUCCGCCAGCUUCCUCAACUCCAUGCACCCCAUGGUAGGGGGAGGCGGGGUCGGCUACGACGUCCCGUCUCCGCCGUCCUUCAGCAAACCCCACCAGGGAGUGUCUUACUCCAUGUCCACUGCCUACUCCAACGUCCCCAUGAAGGGCUGUCCCCCCCCACAGAAGUACGGCGCCCCGGACUACGGCGACCCCCAUCCUCACCAUGGCCUAGUGCAGGCCAACAAUGCUGGCUACGGGACUCCCACCAACAUGCAGGCCAGUCCAGUCUACGUGGGGGGUGGCAGCUACGUGGAACCCAUGCCCGGCUCGGGGCCCUCCAUGUACGGGCUAAACCACCUCGGCCCCACACCACCUCACCACCAAACCAUGGACUACAACAGCGCGGGGCCCAUGUCGGCCGCCAACCAGCACCACGUGGGCGGAGGGGGCCCCCCGGGUCCCUGCGACCCGCCCACGCACCCGACGUACACCGAGCUGUCGGCUCACCACACCUCGACUCAGGGCAGAAUCCAGGAAGCACCCAAGCUCACUCACCUGUAGCAGGUUUGGAACAAAAACCGAAAACGUAGGAAGUAGUGAAGACAACACACAGAACGCGUGACACGACGCGACUCACUAACAGACAAACUAACAUGCGGGGACUCUACUGCUGCAACGGGAUGGCAGGAGAGACAAAGGGAGACAGACAGGGGCCGUCCAGUGGUUGGUCCUUUGCUCUACAGAGUUGUGUUGUCCAGCCACCUUGUUUCCACUGCCUUCUGAAUAGGGCUAAGCCUUCACUGUUCUCUUUAAAGUGCAGCUAAUUUGAUUUAAAAAACACAAUGGUUGUGCAUAUUAUUAAGUAGCAUGAACACAAACCAUUUAUGUUGCUCAAAAACCUAAACAAAAGGCACUCCGCAGUGUAACGGUACUGAAGUCAACGGUAGUUGCCAAACAUUUCCAAGUAUUUUUUUAAAAACCGGGACCAAAUUUACUAUUUUACAUCCUCGUACAAGGAAAUUAUUUCUUUUACACGAGCCUUUUUAGAGCAAUUUACACUCUUGAGCGUCCCAGGUGCAGCGAAGCAUAUUGUAGGCGCGGGAGAAGAAGUGUACAGUCAAUUGUCUCCCACGUCCCCCCCUGGGGACAAUAAAUGUCAGGAAGCUGAUCUGGCGGCACCGGUGCAGAGACAUAUCGGCAGCUGUACGGCACAACGGGAUCUGAAGGCGAGCCCCGUGGUUCAGUCUGAUAAUCCACUGCGCUGUCAAUCUGAAAACUACAAUGUGGACUAUUUCAGUUCUUGUGUUACAGAAUAUCUCAGAAACAGAAAAACAAACACAAAUGGCAGUGCAUUCUCUUUGCAUAAUGUGUUUAAGUUACACAGCAAAAUAAAUGCAAAGCGUUUUUUGUGUGUGUGUGUGUGUGUGUGGAGCACACUGCAGCUGUAGCUCAGCUAGCAUGUUUGGUGGAGCUAUAGUAUGUUGUUUAAAACUGUAAGUUGGUGAUAUAUUCCCCGCACACACACACACACACACACAACAAGCAGCUCUCCCGCCUGGUGAAUGAAAUAGUUGAGAUUUGAAUGGGCGGUUUAACGAGGUGGUCAGAUUUAUGACGCUGAGCUCAUGGCAGCACGGGUUGUUGUCAGCCGGGCCGAGCUACGUGGUGAGCAGCACAUGUGUACAACAGAAAUGUACGAGGUUCCACGAGUCACAUUACAAACACACUGGAUGGUCCUCCCCUUCCGCUGUCUCCUCCCGCCUCCUGCCGGACCGAAUCACUACUAACCCACCGGCUCCUGUCUGUGGCAGCAGCACAUGGCUUCUGAAGGAGGCCAAAACAUGUUCCCACAGUCCGCCACAGACCCCCCCUCCACACACACACACACACACACACACACACACAUCCAUCAACCACAUGUGCACCCACCGCUACCCUCCCAUCAAUCUAAACAGGGUUUAAGAAGCUACGAGCUCAAAGGCUAAGCUAGCUCCCAUGUAGACGCACAUCUGCGCUAAGCGAAGCUCGCGCCUCCACACGCACACACACGCACAGCAAUGCUAAGCUAGCUUCCGUUCGUUGACAUACAUCCACAGCCAGGUGAGCAGCUGUUGACAUCUUUACACAAACACAGGAGAGGACAUGGAAGAGACAUUUUAAUGUUCUUGUU